AUGCCUAGGUGGCAUUUUAUUGAGAGUAAUAAUAGAUUAAUUAAACAAAAGACUAAAGGAUUUUAUCCAAAUGCUCUUAAACUUUGUUAUACUUUACCUUCUAAUAAGUAUCCAAUUCCUAAUAACUAUUCUUUGAAAACUAGUCAGAGACGUGAUAAAAAUCAAAAAACAGUUCAAUGUAAAAUAGAAUAUAAGGAUGAAAAACCCAAAUUUCAAAUUCAAUAUGGUACCUUCUUUAAAUAUAAAAUCAAAUUAGACAUAUUAGCAACUACAGCUGCAACAAACUAUGAAAAGGCUAUAAAUAAAACAAGCCAAUUAUCUGGGAUAUUGCUCUUUGGAUUAUAG